AUGAUUAAUGACCGGAACAAGCUGGUCGGUUUUUGCAUUUCUCCGCAGUAUAAUUGGCAGAUCAAGAAAAUAUGGAGGAAACAAGGAUAUACAGAGGUUCCUUGGGCUCUGGCUCUGGGAGUUCUUCCGGCCGCUAUUAUUGCCGCGGGUUUGCCCAUUUCUGAUGGCGCCUCAGAGUUAGAUUAUGUUAAUGCUAUUACCGGCUUUCCAAUGGGUCUCGUGCGCUGUAAGACCAACGAUCUUCUAGUCCUAGCAAGCUGUGAAAUUAUUUUUAAAGAAAUAUUGUCUAACACCGAAACGGCCCUGGAGGGCCCUUUUGGCGAAUACUUUGGUUAUGGCUUUAAAGGUAAGAGCAGACAGAUGCUAAUAUACUAUGUAAAUGCUAUUACCUACCGGGGGAAUGCCAUUCUGCCUAUCUCGGUGCCUGGGGUCAUAACGGACGAAUCGGUGAGUCGGUUCCCUGCAUGCGUUUGUAAAGGAGUAGCCUUUCUGACUGACGGCUCUCAGCACACUCUAGCUGCCUUAAUGGUGCCAGAAAUUCUUGAUAUCUGCCUGGAACACGGGCUUCUAAUUUCCGAUGUAUUUGCACCGCUGGAGACUAAUGCGAUCUGGGUGUUUCUCUAA